AUAGGUUCUACACAACCCCUGAAGACGCUGAAGCUGUCUGUUUAUGCAGCAGCAAAAUUUGGUGCCAAGCAGUUUCUCAAAACAGUAUUUGAGUCAAAGGCUGGAAGAAAAGUUUUUAAUGCUUACAAGGACCACCCGCCCUUACCUGAAGUUAUUGCCUGGAAAUAUGGUCAUGAGGAGACUGCAAAUUACCUUGAAGACAUAACUAUAAGGUACCCCCUAUUCAUAUGAUUUGAUAGACUUACAAGUAGAUGAUGCCCGGGUUAAACAUCUGGCUGUUGACGUGAUUUUCCUGACUGACGAAGUCCGGUCAGAAAUGGUUACUGUUUUAGCGUUCAUGUUCUCAAAGAAAUGUCAGUUGUUUCUGACCGUUUAUACAACUACAGCUGUAUUAUCAGUUUAUCUGAAAUUAAAAGGGUCGUCAAAACUUUAUUUCGAACAAGUUAAGAGCCGUUUUUAGUAACUGUCGAGAAUCCUGCGCCAGACCAAAAAAAAUUUUUUUUUAUUCUCCAAAAAAACCCCUUUUGGUCAACUGUUUUCAAAAACAAUAUUCAAAAGUUCCAGUGAAGCUUCGUUUUGGCGAACAGUAGAAAAGUUUAAAAUCGGACUAAACCUGGUCGAAGGCCCGAUGGAAAUUUUGCAAAUUUGGGCAUUUUUAAAAUGCACGUACGAAAAAACGAAAGUUGAUCUAUAGUUUAUUGCAGGGUUUGUUACACAUUUCUCAACGUUACUUUCAAGCUAUAUUUUAUCUUGAUCUAGGCUUUCUUUCUAUUUCUUACACCCAUGCAAAGAAAGUAAUGUUUCGUGCUUUGUUCACACCAUGAAUUUUACCAUAUUUUAGAGGGUUAUAGCAUCAAGGGUAUUUAAAUUUAGCGGCUGUGAAAGGGUUCUUAUAAAAUAACUGUUCUUCCUUUUUGUCAUACUAAAAGCUUUUUUUGGCCCGCCAAAAGCAAGCACGCUAGAUUAAAGUGUAUACGAGUGAUUUGAUGGGUUUCUCCAUUUUACUUCCUUUUGUUCACUGUUGUCUUACUGGGUUGAUUCACAAUUUUUCACUCAGGAAAACUUAGUGUUUGGUUUCCAUUGCGACAUCUUAUUCGAAUUAAGACUGCAGAAACCCUCAACAAGAAAAUAAGUUUGAAUACACUUACUGAGACAAACAUUGGAAGGUUAAUUCCCUCGUAAUCUCUAUAAUCACCAAUUGUAAACAAAGACUAGCGGUACGAUACAGAUCCGAAAUCUUUCGGUGACCUGAGCAUUGCUCAAAGUCCUCGAAUUUUCGGUAAAGACCUCUCCAGUACCUGUUUGCAUUAAUCCAGCAUAAGUGACAAAACUCCUUAUGGAAAGAGCAUGCAUCUGACGUGAAAAUAUUACCAGUGACAGGUACAUGGAGAUCAUGUUGCGUGACAAAGGAAAUAUGAGACGGGGGAAAAAGUACGCAUGUUUCCACUGUUUGUCCGGCCGACCACAUUCUCGUCCCCAGAGCCACUCGGCUUAAUUUGUAACGACCACGUGACCAAGAAACGACGGUCUCUGGGGACGAGAAUGGGCCGACUAUUUCUGAUGUGGCUUGGGAAGGCGGGGGGAGGGUGGGUGUGGUGAGGGGCUGGUUGAUGUUGAAAAAAAUACAUAUUUCCUGGAAGUGCAUAUAGGUAAGAAAAGAAUCCUGCACAAGUCCACUGUCCAAAAGAAAUUCACACAUGUACAGUGGGCUGAUUAAAAAACCUGCCCGAGAUGCUCCCUGGGUUGACAGCUUGAACUUUAUUUCCGCAUAAAGAGAUUUUGUAUUUGCACUUGUGUACCGGGUAAGAGGGAUUCAGAGCAUAACGAUCUUUCCCUCUCAAAUGGCUUUUUCUUUAAAUUCACAACAUCUGUGGUAACCAAUCUUGGUCAGGGACUGCGAAGCCUUAGGCUGAGUGGGCUAUAGCCCCACCAAUAAUUUCAUCGUUUUUUUUUUUGCAUAUUUUUAUGACAGUCUUUUAAUCUUUAUCUUAAAAGCAAACACAAUUUCCUUUGUUAUAUGUACGUUUUUGUGCAGAAAACUAGCUGGUGAUAAAUAUUGGACAAAAUCAGUUUCAGAAUAAUUUGGUAGAAAUUAACCCAGUGAUUCUAACUUUAACCAUUUUCCGUGGAAGCAUGUCUCCAGACCCCUCUAGAUAAAAUAUCGUUUAUAGUCGCCUUCGUAUUAUCAAAAUCAGUCAAAAACUCUAAGAUAAAAAUUGAUAUGCUUGUUCAAAGAUUGUUUAGAUUCAUAAAGGAAACCCUACUUUUUUUACCCCAUCCACAAAAAUCAUGCAAAGUGUUGGAGGGAGAAAAAAAUAUCAUUCGAGCACAUACCCCAAUAAAAAAUUAUGGUGAAUGAAGGUGUUGAAAAAAAUUAUGCCUACACCAAAUCACCCAACCACCACCCCGCCUAGGAAGUAAAAUGGUUGGCCCCUAUAACAUUCAGGUUCUAAAGGUAUGUCAAGGGACCGACCAUUGGAAAAGUUUGUUGGUUGGUUGGUUCAGGGGGAGGAGGGGGACGUCUGCGGUAGGGAAAAUGCAUAGAAGUUCUAGCAAAGGAAAAUUUCGCUCGACGAGCAGUCUGAGAAAAACCUGCCUCGACUUUCCAAAGUAUUUCCGGUUACCGGAGCUCAUGCAUCUACUAAGAUCCUGAACACCCUGAAACACAUAAAAAAAUCAAAUUGAUCAUACAAAACGAAAGAACAUCUAACAAAUUGGGGUGACUAGGUUUCCGUAUGUCUUUUUUCUGUUCAAUUUACCCGUGUAUUUCCAGGUUUUCCGGGGUUCUCCGGAUUUUGGAACGUACCGAUCACAACCUAGUAUCGCUGCCGUCUAUUAUAAAUGCGAGGGCUCCUGCUCCGGAGAGUUUCACUGCAAAAUUUGAGAAAGACAGAACUGAACAAAGACUGCUAUUCCUCCUGAGAAGAGUAACAGCUUUAUUACAAUGAAAAUUCUCAUGAACCUGACAACUUUAUUUUAUACCCAGAAUGUUAAAAAAUUAAUUGCAUUUCUGAGAUCUAGAUGUUGCAAAUUAUCUGGGAAGCAUGCGCCCAGACUCCUAGAUUGAAGGGGAACUUGUGAAACCCCUUUUUUACCACCCCCUAUGUAACAAAACUGAACUGUAGUAAGCCGUCGCUCACUAGAAAAAUUAACGCAAUCUCUUUGUCUUAUCAUUUAAAAUAAUUUGCAUGUUAAAAAAAGAAUCUAGGUCAGUAUUCGAUUUGUACUUCUUUUCUUACUUGAGCGUACUUAUGGAAAAAUACUGGCUACGCACAUGGAAAGCUUUUUUUGAUGCUGUGGACGCCGGAUGGCCAAUGAAAGGGCGGGAAAAGCCUUCUGUUCCUAUUGUUUCAGUCUUAUAGGACUCGAACGUAGAAGAUGAGUCAAAUCGGUAGCUCCUAACCCAGAGCGAGCUAACCAUAGGGUAAGAAAGCACAGCUCGUAUUUGGCCGUCUUUUUAGGAUGGUUCGGGGUACUUCUUCCAAACAAGUGUAUUGCAUUUCAAUUUCAUGAUAAUUGUCACGCAACAUCGCGUCUCUCGUUGCACAGGAAAGUUUUUUUAACUCAUCGCAUGAAUGCAUUGUGGUUAUAAUUGAAUCGCUUUAAAGUUUUGGUUUGCAAACAAGUACUUUUCUCUUGAAUUUAGUGAAGAUGUGAUAAGAUCGUAAUCAGAGCUUAUCUGCUAAGGGCAACUGCCCACCGGUGUGAACGUCUUUUUGUCCAGUCAAGUUUCAGUGACUACUAAAUUUUGCCAAAAGUAUUCCGCAAAUGUUUUGUGACAAGCUGAAUGCAAAAGCAAGCUAAUUUUAAUUCCAUAAUGUGAAAAAGGUAGCAAGGAAAGCAAAAACAUCGAGCACUCAUAUAGUUGCGGCCAUUUGACAUUCUGGAUAUUUUUACGUUAAAGAACGAUACCUGAUUGUCAGAUGUUUAUUUUUACCUUACUAUCUGAUGUUUUGGGUGGUUUGGAAGCAGAAUGUGGGCAUGAGCAGCACCCACAGUAGGCAGUACAGGAGCCGAAAAUUUUCACCACUCAUUGUUGACAUAAAUUUUUCACGCCUUAUGUAGAAUUUACCAGAACACUUCACCAGGACACCAAAACAGUAUGUAUUAAAGAUGGGCUGCUUUGUAAAAUGUUCCUUAGGUAAAAUCUAUCAAUUUCAAUGAACAAAAAGUGGACAACAACAGCAAGGUUCUUGAUGAGGAGAAUGUGUUGCUAUCAGUGUUAGUGGACUAAGUUAAGAACGCGAAAAUCGUAAAAGUGCACUUGACACAUUUUAGUGUAGUGUGCUCGCUUUUGGCGGGCCAAAAACGUUUUUAGUAUGACAUACAAGAAGAAUGUUCCUUUCAAAAGACAACAUUCAUAACCACAAGAUGUGUAUACCCUUGAUGCUUUAACCUUCGAAAUCAUGGUAAAAUUCAUGUUGUCAACAAAGCACGAAACAUUACUUUCUUUGCAUAGGUGUAAGAAAUAGAAAGAAAGCCUAGAUCAAGAUAAAAUAUAGCCUGAAAGUAACUUUGAGAAAUGUGUAACAAACCUUGUAAAGAUGAACUAUAGAGUAGCUUUCGUUUUUUCAUACGAGCGUUUUGAAAAUGCCUUAAUUUGCAUAAUUUCCAGAGGGCCUUCGACUUUCCUAUUUUUCGCAAAGACGAAGCUUCGCUUGAACUUUUGAAUAUUGUUUUUGACAAUAGUUUACCAAAAGGUUUUUUUGGGGGUGAAAUAAAAAAAUACAAAUUUUUUUAUCUGGCGCCGGGUUCUCGAUAGUUUCUGACAACAGCUCUUAAAGUUGGGAUCGGCGGAAAGGGAGGCUCGACAGCGGGAGGAGAUCAGACAUAUCUUGCAAAUUCAGAGCACUUGCUGCAAUAAUCUUUUUCUUCCUGUGAUCUUUGUCCGUGCACACAUGCACGUCUUGGUGCGUGCUUAAAGUUUCAAUUAACAAGAUGCUCUGAAAGCGUUCAUUUGGGCGGAAUACUUGUCAAAGGCGGAAAAAUUAAAAGUAAACGAAUAAGAAUGUCAGAAAGUACGCGAGAUUAAGGCUAAGAAGUUCUGUGCAAGGAACAGGCUGAAGAAUGGCAUGCUCAAUUCAUUACUACAGGUUUCCAUUAAUGUUUCAGCUGUUGCAUCACAAGAAGUCAAAGCAGUAGUGAAGAUAGCCCGCUGCCGUAAAGUGAACUUUGCUAAUUGUGAACACUACCUGUCAAACUUAACGAAACAUACUCUGCGAAACCACGAGUUAAAAAUGUUGUUACAUGCGUGACCUUUCAAAUAUCACAUUCAUUUCCAGUUUGAAUGCGAAGACAAAUCGUCGAUUCGUCCAAAUACACGCAAACCACAGUAUAUACGAUUUUAAAAACUGUAAUAUAUGAAUUGUAAAUAGAUUUUGAAUCUUAUUUAUUUCAUGCUUGUGAUCUGUUAUUUUUUUUCUUUUUGGGGGGCAAAAAUGGACACAAUUUGUCCAAAUAACAAUUAUCCACGCUCAAUUAUUUCAACUUCGUUUUAGAAAAUUCGGUGGCCAUUUUCCGCAGUUGAUACUGUCUUGCUCUUUCCUUUAUUAACUUUCCUAUUUAGGAAAACCCAUCUUCUGCUCAUGUACUCCAUGUUAUCGGGCAAAAAUGUAAGCCUCUUUAGUACUCGUUAGAAUCUGCCAAACAUAUGCGCAUAGGGCACUUGGAACAAAAGCAAUACUUGCAGGGGAGGUCGGAGUAAAUUUAGUCCAAGUUUAAUGAAUUAAUUCAUGAGAAUCGAGUAAGUGAGUGAUCGUUUGCCGUUCGACUGCCUCCAAUAGACUAGGGAAUGACUACAUCGUCCAUGAGCUAAAAAGCCCAAAGGCUUCAGGGGCCUCCUAUCUCGACCUCUGCAGACACAACCUCAACAAUGUAUCAGCAAACAAGAGGCUCUAAGUAGCCUAUACUCAUGUAGCCUCCCACGCAGACGUUCUUAGGGGUUCGUCACACGUUCCUGCCCCACGAACGUCUGCUGAACCAAAAGAUAAAUUCCUUUCCCAUUGUUCGCAAAUAUCGGCUGGAUAUCAAAUGCAGAUUAUCGGAGAUCCUAUCGGCGCUGUUGAAGUCAAAGUGUUGACAAAUCAAACACAUGCGUACAAGGUCUGUAGAGUGUGAUACAUGAUCGAAGAAUCUAGGAGAUGAGCGUUGGCUACUUCUAUAUUUCUUUCUGUAAAGGCUGGAUUAGACAUCAUUUGCGCAUAAAGUUGUUCUUUGGGUGAUGCAACAGCGGGCUUACUUUGUAGGACUAAACAAAAGGCAGAACUUUUUUCACACGUUAUUAUUUUGCAGUAAAGCCAACUUCCAUUGGAAAAUUUAGCCUCCGAGGUAAUGUUUUCCAAUGAGAUUGUGAGGGUAGCCUAUAGCACGAACGCUUGUGAGUUAACUGAGUAGUUUGUUCUAAAACUGUAAGUUCUUCACCUUUCAUGAGACCUUUCUGAUCUUUACUGGAGCUAAGUCAAGCGCGAAAUUUCUCAAAGUGGACUUCCCAGAUCUGGAAGUCUGCUGUGAUUGGUCUACAUUUUUUCCGCUCAAGUCAGCAGACGUUUGUGGGACAGGAACGCGUGACGAACCCCUAAGAACGUCUGCGUAGGGGGCUAAUACUCAUGCGCAUCCUAGAAAUUCCUUUGCCACCAAUAACAUGACAGACUGCAGACCAAUGCAUGCCAACAACUAGCCUGUAUUAUUGGAUUGUAAACUAUUUCCCAUUUUCACUUCCUUGCACGCCUUACUGACAGUGACAGUAGUUCUAAGAACAGCUCAGAUUGCUUAAAGUAGUUUCGGUUUUGAAAGUUGCUUCAAGCAGUUCAAGGUUCUCAAAGGUCACUAGGAGAUGACGGGCUUGUUGAUCGAGAUCAGUUUCCCUGACCUUUUGUUUGUUUGUCUGCCCUUUCUGUCGAUCCCGCUCUCGUGCAAUGUGUUUGUUUGUAAAACAAAUUGGAUAUAAUAUAUUUGUCGUUAAAUGUCAACAACUGACCUUUGGCUCCACAACAGAAAGAGAUUUCUUCUGAUAGCAACCGCAACGUUUUGACAGAUCAACAUUCGACACCUGCAGUCAAGAAGCGAUGAUUAGGGAACGGCCAUGCACAUCUUAAGGGGCUUGAAACGUGGGGCGCAUGGUUGAUUUCUUCAAACAAGCACUGAUUUUGUUUUUAUACAAAAUAGACUGAUAUUCCAUGCAUAUAUACAUUUUAAGGCUCUAAUACUUCUUUGCAAAUCUUUCCAUGAAACUUUCUGACACAACAAUACAUUUUUCAGCAGCUAUAAAUGUUUUGGAAUAAUCCCCUAAAUGUAUGCAAGAAAAAAUUUACAUCCAGUAAUGUGACACCAAAAAUGAAAAAACUGAGAAGAAACGGAGGACAUUUUACACCUCAUGCGCUUAGUUGCACAUUAGUAAAAGCAUUUAAGGUACUGACAACAAUAAACCGUUUACUUGCAAAAAGUAUUACAUCAACGAUUUCUAUAAUUAAAAACAAAUUAUUCGUCCUGAACUAUAUCGUAUAGAAUACAGUUUGAUAUAAGCACCAUAGAACAAGUUAACAUAUGGUUUUGCAAACGAACACUUAACGUCCCCUGGUACACAGAUAAAAUAUAACUUGUAGAGCAGAGCAAGGAAGGUUUCCACUUUGCCUUGAUAUAUAAAAUGCAAUUUUCAGUUACUGGCAGAGACUGCAGCAUAACACUGUCAACCCUUUGUUGCCUGAGACAUUUCAACGUGCAUCAAAGUUCAAUAGUAAUUUUUAUGUGAUAAAAAAUCAGGAUAUGAUAACACAUCAAGACUGCACGCUACAAAUUUAAAGCAGCAGGUCUAAGAAAGGGUAUACCCAAAGUUGGCUUGAUGUCCAAAAUAUUGUUUCCUUGAGUUAAGGACAUAAGAUAACUCUUAAAGAAGUUUAAAACUAUAUCAAUUCAAAUUAUCUCAAAGAAUUGAAAAACCCAGUCCACAAGAUAAGCCUCACAAAACUGAGAUUAGAGGCCCAUACACGAAGAAUACAAACUGGGAGGUAUGAAGACUAUGAAAACUUCGGCGUAGCAAUAUCUGUAGGAGAAAGAACGUGCUUGGUUUGCAAACAAAACCAGAUCAAAGAUGAACAGCACUUCUUGAUGUUUUGCAAUCGGUACAAUUCAUUGCGACAAGAGUUAUUCACUUGUAUUUUAUUAAAGGGUGUCUCUUUUGUGAAUCUUAACGCCCAUGACAAAAUAAAAUAUUUGUUAACAGGAGAAAAUAAUACUUGUAAAAUUAUAGGCAAAUCUAUUAAUCUUAUGUUCAAAAAGAGAAAAGAAUUACCGAAAGUGUAAUUUGAUGGAAAAUGUUCUGAUUAUUUUUAUUUUGCGUGUAUCAUUACAGCCAUUACUGUUACUUUAUUGCAAUCGACCUAUAUCGUAAAAAGACUGAUACGUCCUUAUGGAGAGUAAGGCACAAUAAAGAUCUACUGUUACUGUUACUGUAACCCUUUGUUAGUGGACCAAGGUACCCAGUGUGAUUCCUCAGCUGUCUCGUUGAACUAUGCACUGUUAUGUGGAACAAUCUGUUGUGAUGAAGGUGCAGCCAAUCUUCAGGAUGAUCUAUAUGGAUUAGAAGCUUGGCAACAAAAGUGGAAGAUGGAAUUUAAUCCUUCAAAGUGUAAGAUCGUGUGCUUUACAACCAAGAGAGAUCCACCAAAGCGGAGAUACGUAUUCUAGAAGGUGUGGAAUCUCACCCUUAUCUGGGAGUAGUGCUUGAUAAGAAAAUGAGGUGGUCCCCACAUAUCAAAGUAAUCACGUCUAUGGCAAAUAAUGUCUUAGGACUUAUCAAACGCAAUCUGUGGAACUUUCUAAAGACAGUAAAAGAAACCUUGUACAUGACACUUGUGAGAUCAAAGCUCCAGUAUGCCUGCAGUUCAUGAGACCCGCACUACCAGAAAGAUAAGGCUGCUCUAGAAAGGGUACAGCAAAAAGCGGCUUGCUUUGUCACAGGAACGUACUACUGCUGCAAGAUUUAAAGUGGGACACACUCGAAAUGAUGAGAAGAUACGCAAGGCUGUCUGUUGUGAUAAGAUGUGCUAUGGUUUCCCAGAUGGGAAAUGGGAGGACUAUUUGAUUCCAAAUAGAGAAAGAAGAAAACGAGGAAGCCAUGAUUUUAAAUUUAUAGUACCGAAAUGGACACAAUGAUAUUUUCAGACUUUCUUUCUUUCACAGGACAAUAACUGAAUGGACCAAACUCCCGAAAGAAACAGUUACCAGUCAAUCUCUCUAUUUUUAAAAGUAAAUUCCUUUAGGUUAUCUUCUACUAUCAGUCCAUAUUAGUUUUUAUUUGUAGUUUUAUUAUCAUAUUGUGUAUUUAGUUGGCGUGAUGUCCCUCGUGGAUGUUGCCGACAAAACCAUAUUUAGAUUUUAGAUUUAGAAAUGAGGAACCCAUGAAGUUUAUGGAAUAACAAUUGUAGCAACAGCAAAGAAGGCCUUCUUCUUACCUGACAACAGUUCAGAGUUAGACAGUAACAGUGCUAGGAACAGCGUGAGGGAAACCCGAAGACAACUAAGAGCCUUAGCAUGCCUUUCAAACAGGUCUAUUAUUGUUAAUGUAUUAUCAACCCAAGCUAGAGUUUAAAGGCAGCAAAUCUACUUUUCCUUUUCGCAAUGUCAGGUGCGGUAAUACAGUUCUUUGUACGAGCAUUAAUUUGAGAAGGAAGACAUGCGCCUCUUUUAGAUCAACUAGUACAGGUAGUAUAAUUCACUGUAAUAGUACUUUUGAAUUGGACACAAUCAGGUGACAUAUCCGGAUGAUGAUCACGUGCAGAUAAUCAGUGAUGUAAUGACUACACUCCUCCUUCGUCAAAUCAGUUCAUAUUGUAGAUUAAAACGUCAUUUCAGUCUUGUUUCAAACUGUCAUUUGCAAUUGUGAUCAAGUUCCUUAUUCAAAUCGAGAACGAACAAUGAAGAUGUAUUUUCAGAUGUAAUAGCUGGUCAUAGUUUAUUGUUCACUUUGUCCAGCCCUUCAAGUGUCCAUCAAAAGUGGAUUGAGUCUGACGUGUGGAUCUCUUUGGUUGUGUUUUGGCACUGGAAGGUCUAUUUGGUAAUGCAUUGACUGCCCUGGAGUGUUUUGGUUUGCUGUGGUUGGCUAGUAAAUGCCUGAAAGUGGGAUGAUUGGCCUGUUUGUGAGAGGUGCCUUGCUUUGCUGCAGGAUAGCUAUGUAAGCAUAUGGCUCAAAAAGAGUUUGUCCCUCCACUUCUCUCUUUUGAGGAGUACUGCAUCAUGGACUUUGUUGUUGUGUUAUUUGGUGCUAUAUUUGGGAUCAUGGUAAUUCUGGAAUUUCUGUUUGUACUUGGUAUCUUUGUUCAUCAUAGUGUUCUCCUCGUUACUUGUUUCGGUUUGGUAGUGAUCCAGUUUAAGACGAAAGCUUUUGUUCACUGUCAGCUCGCACGGUGCAGUUCUUGUUGAUGGGUGUGGGGUCUCCUGGUUGGCUUAGAACAUGAUAUACAUGGCUUCAUGGAAAUUGGUCCCUUCUUCAUAAGCUAUAGCUGCUGUUUUCGAUGUGAUUAUUAUUAUUAUAGAACACUCUACGAAGUAUGGGCCAAACAGACAGUUUUCAUCCGUAAUGUGAGUGAUAUAAAGAACCACGGAGCUGCCCCUUGUAGUCAAAAUGUCGAGAAAACCGAAGGUAAAAUGGUCAGACCGGAUGAAUAGCGACUUACUAGAGUGUAACAGAAGGGCUAAGGGGCUGACUUCCUCACAAGAUCCACUAUGUAAUGCGAACGGGAAAAAGAAAGGAUACAUCAUGGUUAUGAAAAAACUUUGGGAGUAGAAAGGUUAUGGUCACCUCGGCUUAAAAGAGCAAAACUUAGGCGAUCAAGCCUCGAGGUUAUUCUGUGGAUAAUAGUACUUAUAGUGCAACGGGACGAGUGUCAUGGAUAUAGAUGAGAUUGACCACGCAGAGUAUAGUGGUGUAGCGGGAUCUGUAAGUCUAUCAAGGGAUAGUCAAGAACGAAAAUCAAAACAGCGAUCGACGUGGCCAAAAUGCUAUUACUACGGCAAGCUUGGAUUUGCAUGCCCCAACUUCACAAUCCCCACAAGUCGCAAUGGAGCGCACAGAUAAUUACCCGUCCAUUGAAAACACAUACAAAGAUCAGUCGCCCGAGGCAAUAGGAGGUUUACCACCUUAGAAAGCUGCAAGCGUGCCAGCUUCUGUUAACUGGGGGCGCAAAGGUGACGGAGAAUUAAGAAUGCUUGACGCUUAAAGCUUAAAAUGAAAUCAUUACAUGGCUUAAAAAAUAGUUUUCUCGUUCCAUAUGGAAAAACAGGAAGGGCUUUCAUCGACCAGAUAACAAAGCACAUUCAUGACUGGAACAAUGGGACUGAGCUGCAGCAUAUCGCUUUGAAAGCAGCCUUUGUUCUUCUAGCAGUUGGUCUUCAAAAGCCAAGCAAAAAAUCAAAGGCAAAUGAUCAUCAAGAAUGUCUUGGAAGGCGAUUAGUACUGUGGAAAGCAGGAGAAAUGACACUCUUCUGCAAGAGGGGCGAAUGAUACAAGGGCACCUUGAUAGAUCUCGGAAAGCGGAUCCACCCAAUAUAGCGAAGAUCUUCGUGAUGGAAGAUCAAAUACACUCAGCUUUACACUAUCUGAGCGAAGAGGAUUGUGGUGGCGUAUUACCAUUAUCGGAGCAAGUCAUGGAACAAACCGCAGAUAAACAAACAGGGGCAAAACAAGCUAAAUUCCGGCCAGUGGAGGAUGUUCAGGUCAUCCUAUAUCAGCAAAUAAACGGAGAGACGGUGCGAGAAGCACCAUUAAGAACCAAAGGCUCUUGUGGGCCCUCGGGUUGACCCUUGAGCAUGGAUGCGAACGGGUUCAAGAGAAUGCUGGCCUGCAAGUCUUUUAAGACGUCCAGCAUGAACCUUUGUGACUCCUUGGCUACUCUAGCAAGACGACUGUGUACAGAGUCUUUUAAUACCCUCACUAUUGAGCCAAUUUUGGCUAGUCGGUUGAUUCCACUUGAUAACGGCAAUGGGGACGUUAGGCUGAUCAGUGUAGGAUAGGUUAUCAGUAGAAUCAUUGGAAAAUGUGUAACGAAGGUGGCCAAGCGAGAUAUUAUUGAGGCCAGCGGUUCACUGCAAGUCUGCGCAGGAUCUAAGAGUGGAAGUGAAGCAUCGAUUCACGCGAUGCGUAACAUAUUUGAAGCCGACAAUACAGACGCUCUCUUACUGAUUGAUGCCUCUAAUGCGUUUAACUCCUUGAACAGGGCUGCUGCUCUGCAUAACGUGAGGAUAUUAUUCCCUACAAUAGCCACUUACGCAAUUAACACCUAUAGAGAACCGGCACGUCUGUUUAUCAUUGGGGGAAAGGAACUGAGAUCAGAAGAAGGUACAACCCAGGGGGACCCCCUUGCUAUGUGUCUCUACGCAGUCAGUCUUCAGCCAUUAAUAACACGCUGAAAUGCCUCUACGUUCGUAAAGCGGUGUUGGUUCGUGGAUGACGCCACCGGUGCUGGUUCCUUGGGGAACUGAAGAAAUGGUGGGGUGUACUGAACGGAUCGGGACCGAGCUUGGGAUAUUUUUCCAAUGCGAAAAGUGCUGGCUUAUUGUGAAGCCCGAGAAAGAAGAGGCAGUGAGGGAUCUUUUUGGUCAAACAUCAAUUAACAUCUCCACACAGGGUCAAAAGCAUUUAGGAGCAGUACUGGGCUCAAGAUCCUAUCUUAAGGAGUAUGUAAGUGAAAAGCUGGAUGAUUGUGUUGGCCAAGUGGUGAAACUGGCAGAGUUUGCAACAACCCUACCACAAGCCUGCUAUGCGGCAUAUACCUUCGGUUUGAAGCACAAAUGGACGUACUACCUAAGAACGUUGUCUGAUAUUGAGGAACUGCUAGAACCAUUGGAACGCGCUAUUAGUGAUGUGUAAAUACCAUCAAUUACGGGCCUUACAUGCACAACGAGUGAGCAAGAACUGCUGACACUACCAUUGAGGAAGAGGGGCUGGGACUAAAAAAUCUAGUUGACCGAGGUGGAUUCGAACACGCAAUCUCUCUUUAGGUAACCACCCCCCUUGUCGCGCCUAUCGUAUCCCAGGCGCAGGAACGUCCAGAUGAUGCUCUGAUAAAAUCCUUGCAGUUAACCACGCGUAGAGAGAGAGAUGUGAGACUAGAUGACAAAUUAGAAGACCUGAGGAACUCCCUACCCGACAAGACCAAGAGAGCGGUCGAUCUCGCAGCAGAGAAAGGUGCUUCAAAUUGGCUAACUGUCAUCCCGGUAAAGGAAAUGGACUUAAAUCUCCACAAGAGGGAAUUCAAAGAUGUAGUACAUCUAAGCUAUGACUGGCCGAUAAGUGACGUACCAAAUGUAUGUGUCUGUGGAGAGCCCUUUAAUGUCGAUCAUGCAAUGAUUUGUAAACAGGGGGGCUCCAUUAUACAACGCCAUAACGAGUCUGUCAUGAUGUUGAAAUUGAACCUGUUCUGCAGGAGAUUACCGGUGAGUCGCUAGCCAGGGGGGCAAAUACAGCCCCCAAUGCCCGGCUUGACAUUCACUCACGGGGUUUUUGGUCUUGACGUUGACGUUGACGUACUGGUGUGCCACCCAAAUGCGGAAUCUUACAAGGACCUCAUCCCCCAGCAAAUAUAUCGCCAGCAUGAAAACGAGAAGAAGCGUAUGUAUCCAAGCGGAGUUAUGGAGGUGGAACUAGCCACUGUUCACCAAAACAGGUGGCAUUUCACCCGAAUGUCAAGUCUAUCACAAGCGGCUAGCGGAACUGCUGUCAGCCAAGAAAGGCGAGGGCUACUCGACUACGAUGUCUUGGAUAAGAACCAGAAUCUCAUUUGCCAUUCUGAGAACAUCCCUCAUGUGCUUAAGGGGAUCGUGUUCAAUGAGAAGAGUAAAUCUCAACCUAAUAGAGAUGGACUUUGACAUCGAAACAGAUUUAUAUUUUUUCUGAUUUAGAGAAAAGAUAUUGAAUAUUGCAUGUUCAAUUGUUUCUACUAUUUAAUAUUCUUAUCGUUGUUGGGUCAUGUUGAAAUCGUGGCAGAUUUAAAAGAGGGAUUAGUGAAAAGAUUUUAAAUAUUGGUAGUGAUUGCUAAUAGUAAUAAUAAUUAGCAGAGAAACAUUUUCGUGGAUUAUAUUUAAAGAGAUAUUGAGACAUUAUAAUCUUUCUUUUCUUUCUAGCAGAUGUUAAGGUACAAAUUUCGUUUUAAUUCUUUUUAAGUGAAGUACUGUACAUAGGUCGUUUUUAUGAGUAUUGAAUAUAGAUUUAUUAUUAUUAUUAUUAUUAUUAUUAUUGCUGAUACUCUCGGAUAAAGGUGUUAAGUCUGCCUAGGCAAGCCAAGAAGCGUCCUUCAUUUUACUUUUGCUCCCUGGUCUACAUCUCCAACACUUUCCUAAGGAUCCUUGCUAACCCCAAAAGGGCACAUGCCUAAAUCAAUGGAUGUGUCGACACCUAUGGUCCUCAGAUUUUCUUUUAACCUCAGUGGUAUUGUCCUUUAAUAAUGCCCCCACCACUAUGGGUAUCACCUUUGUCCUUACGCCCCACGUCUCUCAGAUUUCUCUUGCAAGAUCUUGAUAUUUUUCUCUUUUCUCGUCCUCUUUUUCUCUCAUCCUUCCAUCAUCUGGAAUUGCCACGUCUAUAAAUUGGCAGUUGUUCUCUCUUUUUUCUAUGACCAUUAGAUCUGAUCUCCUAACCUCAGUUUCGUUGUCUGUAAGUAUACUAAAACCCUACAGCAUUUUGCAAUCCUCAUUUUCAAGUACACUGUCCGGAACAUGGUCAAACCACCUCUCAUUUCACUGAAACCCAUAUUUUCCUGACAGGUCCCAAUGGAUUGCUGUAGCUACGUUGUCAUGUCUCUUUUUAUAUUCUUUUUGUUCCAGUUUUGAACACGCACUUACAAUAUGCUGAUUGUCUCGUUGUUUUGUUUGCGUAUUCUACAUUUGGGAUCGGUCUGUGUCCUGUCGAUUGUUGCUUUUUCAUAAUUUGUUCCUAUUGCUUGAUCUUGUGCUGCAACAUUAAGAGACUCUGUUUCGCUUUUAAGCUUUCCUUCUUUCAACCAAUUCCCUGUUUCAUCGUUUCUUUGAUCUUUACUCUGUCUCGCAAACUGCCCAUAUAAUGGCAUCUCUUUCCAUCCUUGGAUAUUUUCAGUUCUUCUCCUGUCUUUGAAACUGGCAGCCGUUUCUUGGUUUUCAACUCCUUUCCUCCUGACUGCUUUCAAAAACGCCUCCUCACUGUUAUUAUCUCGCAGUAUAAAACUUCGGAAUGCUGUCCACACUAUGAGUAGUACAGGGCGCAUAACGUAACCUACACCACUUGAGAAGCUAUACUUAGAGGUAGAAAAAGCUCGGUACGAAACCUAAUACAAUCCUAAUAUACAUAAUGAUAUGAAUCUCUCUACUUAAAAAACCAAUUUAGAAUAUUAUUAAAUUCUUGUACUCUGUAAAUCCUACGCAAAGACGUGGCGAUAUAAUUAUCUCUACUAGAAGCCUAUUUAGAAAAUUAUUCAGUUUUCAUACUCUCAUUUUCUCUUAUAAACCUACACGAGGCCAUCAUAAUGUGGUUAUCUCUACUAAAAGCCUAUUUAGAAUAAUAUAUCAAAGUCUUAUAGUGUAUAAAAUCUAGGUAAAAACAUCCGUAAAAUACAGGUUUUGCGACACUUGUGUUUGUAGAUUUCUGGAGAAAAAAAAAGCUUAAAAUCUGGUGUCCUUAGCGCCCUAACUAUUUAUCUUAAAUGUUCUGGCAAUGUUCAAAGUGUUUGAGAUAACCAACUUCUGCAUCCGCUCAAGUACGCCUCUGUUCUCGCUCCUAGUAGCUUCCCCACUGAUCUCUCUAUGUGUUCAGAAAACCCACCCAGGACAUCAAUAAUUAUUACGUUGUACUGUUCAACCCUGUAACCAUUGUAUCUCUGCCUCAGCUUCCACAUCAUUGGCCCAUACUUAAGUGCCUUUUCCUCAUCUUUCUUGGCUCGACUCUCAAUCCAUGGGCAGUUCAUUUCAAGUUUGCCGUCUUCUUUCCUCUCGUGGCUGACAAGUCGCGCGUCGAUCCGAUUUGCUCUAACUUCAUUGUGCUCUACAUAGAUGGGAAUAUCCCAAAACGCCUCACUCGGGUGUUCCGGUUGGCUGGUUUUGGCAUCACUAGUGAGUACCAUGGUGGAACCUCUUCUAUCAACCCAUGCUCUCGCAGGAGCUCAAGACUCUUCAAAGCUGCAUUAUGCCUGUAUAGCUUUUUGGUUUGUGCCAGGGAGGAACAUCCAGCCAGUACAUCUGCAACGUUUUCAGCUACCUUCCCACAUAACGUGCAUAGGACUUCGCCGUCGGUGGAGGUUUGCGUCUUCUCCUUUGUGUAGAGCUUCGUAGGUAACAGCUGCUCAUACAGUUCAUACAUGCCCGCGAUGGUAUAUGUAGGGCAUAUAGCCCAACCUCUGACCAUGCAAAGCAGCUGGUUAUGCUUAGGCUCUCAUCUUCCCAUCUGAUACGGAAUAACUUUCCUUGCCACUUUAGCGAUCUCCAAGAACUUCAUCUCUUGAGAUUUCUUCAACAGAUUCCCUGCUCUUGCUGCAGUGACCGCCUUUCCGUCCGUUGUAACACACACGGGAUUUAGGAUAUCUAGCUGAAGUGUGAGGUUGAGUUCUUCAGCUUACUUAGCUGCUUCCUUUACAAGCGACUGGUGGCCUGAUGCCAUGGCGUGUUCUUUAAAUUCUCUAAUUGCUUCCACAGUCUGGUCCGAAUUCUGAUACAAUGUUAGUAGCGAUUUGAUUUUAGUAAGCUUCUACUCGUGUUCGACUGAUCGCAGGCCUCUACCCCUUUUCUCCCUCGGUAGAUGUAACAAAGAAGUUAGGCUAGCUGGGUGCUGGCCACCGUUCCCAAUUAUGAUCUUCCGAGCUGUUCUGUCCACAUCUCUUAACCCUGAUAGAGACCGCAGCACCGGAGUGCAUACUGAUUAGUUGCCCGUACACGAUAACAUUCAGACAGGGGGCUGGACCACAUAUUAGAUAUCCUGCGCAGAUACUCUUUAGCCACACAUGCCAGGGCCAGCCGUUCAUCCUGUGGAACAUUCUUUAGCACCCCCAGGAAUUUGUAGUGUUUUCCUUCCCCAAGAGCCUUGAUGGUGGUUGUCUCGUCCAUCCUCAUACCAGACUCAUCUAGCACUUGGGCUCCCCUCUUCACGUGUGCCACUGAGCACUUUUUCUGAUUCCAGUGGAGUCCGAUAUCCUGUAUCACUCCUCUAGUCUCCUUCAGCACUCGGUUCAGCUUGCUCUCGCAGGCAGCAAAAAUCUUCAGGUCAUUGAUAUACAGGAGAUUGGUGACUGACUUCUAUAGGCUUGAAUAACCCGUAUCCCUUUGUUAACCGCAGGCACCACACUACUGGGUUCAGACACAGUGUAAACAAUCCUGGACACAAAGCGUCCCCCUGGGGUAGUCCCUUCAUGAACCUUAUUAUUCCAGAAGUCUCUCGCCCUUGCCUUGUUAUUAUUACUUUAUUGUUGUUAUUAUUAUUAUUAUUAUUAUUAUUAUUAUUAUCAUUAUUACUAUUAUGCAUGUCUCACACCUAUAGGUGGCCUUACUAUCAUUAUUAUUAUUAUUCAACUCGACCAUGUGCUUUUGGACAGCGUGGAAUGACUCUAAUGGUGGAAUCUAUUUCAAGAGUGAAUUCUGUGCGGGUGGUUGUGUGCAAGACACAUGAUUGUCUCUCUCUACGGAUCAGGGGGAAUAAUUCUUUCCAGUAUCAGAGUAUCUUUCCAGUAUCAGAGUCCUUUUCUCGGAUAGAGCUCUGCUGUCCUGUCGAAGAAGGUUUUGAGGUAAGGGCCGGUGUUAUCCAUUUGUCUGUUUGCAAAGCCGUUUCUAGUUUGGUCAGGGUGGUACGUCAUUAGAACUGGUGUAGUGGCAAUGGCUAACUUGAGGUCCUUAAAGUCCUUGUGUUGUUCUGUUGACCAUUCAAUUUUCAUACGGUUUCUGGGUGGCUGGCAACGGCUGGAGAAAUUGCUUAUGAUUGUGUUUGGCUUGUAUUUCCUGCUGUUUGAUGAAGAACAAUAGUACUGUCAUUACGUCGUUGUAAUGGGCCCUUUCCACUGUCAAGGUGUGAAGACUCCUCUUUGAACCGUUCUAGUUAUAUAUCUACUCGGGACAGGGUUGGCUCCAAGGACUUAGGUAUGAGAUAAAGGCUCCUGGUCAUACUAAUGAUAGGCUUCUGAGUAGGUGUAUUUAUCCGCUUGUUUUGAUUGUCCAGUCUCAGAGGCUUUGGUUUCCUUUGGAAUAAUUCUGGCAAUGUUCGGUCUACCGUAAAUGAUCAGCCCAUCCUUCUUUAGCGUGGCUCUUGAAUACCAAAGAAUCUAAAUUGCUUUUUGGAAUCGUCCUUCCAUUUUGCCCAUUGUAUUGCUGUGCCUGUAGGAUCACGAUCGAUAGUAAAGGGCUCUAUACUGAGUUAUCGCUACCGCUCGUUCAGUCAUGGUGGUUUCUUCUCUUCGUCGUCAUGACAAGCUAAUGAGUAACUUACCUUUACGGUAAAGAACUUCCGUUCCCACUCGCGACCGAUUUUUUACUUCAGCUACAAACACCACAACGAAUGUCAAAGAACGAGUUCGCAGAUUCAAGUCUGUGAGCGCUAACAAACCCUGUGACAGGUUUUUCUCAAUUUACUUUUAGAGCAUGUUUUCGGAAGGAAGUAAAGACUUUCUUACUACUAAAAAAGUUACAAAAUUUAGGUCGACAUAUUUUCACUUCGCUUCUGAUCGGGUACUACACGGCAGGGCGUGGGAACUGCGAACAAACAUCCAAACAUCUAAAGAGAUAACCUCAAACUCGAGAUCUCAUGUCAGAAAUAGGUAGCCGCCCUGUGUGGACAGCAAUAAUAUGAAAGGGGAUAGUACUAGUGCAUUAAGUUUUAUUUUGGCAGAAAGGAUUUAAAUAUGAAAAAGACCAAUAUCAGUAUUAUGUGCUCUUUACAGAUUCUCAAGAGAGGCCAAUUUCUUCCCAGAAGAGCGCCAAGAAAUUGAUUGGCAAGAACUUAUCGCACUUUCUGACGAAGCCAAAGAAAACCAGGAACUAUGUAAGUGUUUUAAUUCCACGUUGUUGUUGUUUUUUUAAGUUAUCAGUGUGAUAUGGACUUAACUAGCUCCCUUGCAAGAACGUUUAAAAAAGAGAGAAUUGAAAAAGCUGAUUAGGAAUAAAUUAAGCACGCUCACUUCAUCCACGGAUCUGGUCUAACGAAAGAAUGAAGCAGAAAACAUCUUUACUAUGGCUAAUUUACCUUCUCUCAACUCAGUUGGUUUAAAAUAGACCAAUCAGAUCAAUAACCAGAGUAUACUACCAUCACCUGACGUGAUACAUCUCAUUUUGACUCUGACGAUGACUACCACACAGGUUGUCGAAAUGUCAGUCACUGUCAACAACAACAGUCCUAUUCAGGACUACCUUCACCCGGACGAUCAAACUCAACCUACUUUUGAAAUGACUCCUGGGUUCAAACCUUUCACAAUAGUAAUAAUGAUAUUAAUAGUGGUGAUGAUGAUUGAUGAUGAUGAUAAUAUUAAUAAUGAUGAAGUAAUAAUAAUAAUAAUAAUAAAGUGACUAUAACCUAAUUUUUUUGUAUUUUUCAAUUAAAAGAACACUUUACUACGAAAACGUCUUCUACAAAAUUUAGCGUUUUAAGCAAAACAAGACGCACGAGUGCGUGAACCCGGCCUUCUUUUAGUUCAUACAAUGAUAGAGCGGAAAAUGUGCAUUAUGUUAUCCUGGCACCGCAGCCCAUAUGAACUUUGAUGAUGAAUUGAUGAUGAAUAAAAUACUUGCGGCUAGCAAAUCAGACUGGGAAGACUCCAGCAUUCCAUAAGGGUGUAAUUGACCAUGGCUGCAUAACAAUGUAAUGCAUCAAAGUAGUUUUGUAGCUAUUUUUUGGAGUUUACAGGAUCGAAAUUCGAUAGUAAGCAUAAAAUGCCCAUUUAAAGAGCUAUAAGCUUACAUGAAAUCUUUGAUUUAAUUCAACAAUGAAAUAUUGUUUGAUCGAUCAAAAUCAUGUCGAAUUUUAGCAUCAACAACUCUACGUGCUUUACAAAACUGCCGCUUCCGUGCGAGCUCCAUACAAGUUAAUCCAUAUUAUAUGCCAAAAAAAGUCAAAGGAUAUUUCUUUCCCUUAAUAUAGUAAGCUUCCGUUUUUAUACUGAGACAGCCGGGUAGCACGAGACUUGGACCAAGCACAAACGUCUACGAUGAACAGUCCGAUUUGUUUGUUUUGAUCAAUGAAAAUGCACCGAAACGGUUGUUAACUGCAACUUUCCUUCAACCAGGUGCAAACAUACGUACAUACAUUCAUACGUACAAGCAUACAUACAUACAUACAUAACUUUAUUUAACGUCGGAUUUUAGAGUAGCCAAAGGCUAGUACCUCGUAUUAAUUACAUGUAUCAAUGUAAAACACAAACUGGUAGUAAAAGUGAACGUCUAAUUUAAGAAACUAUGAGAAAAAAAGUAAACGUUUAAUUUCUUUCAGACUAGUACUGAAGACUAGUCCUUCUGCUUUUUAAUUUUCUCUUGUCUUACUGUUUUGCCAUAAACUUGAACUACUAAGAAUAAAAUUUGUAAGGUGUUUACAGUGACGUGUAUGGACGUGUUUAUACAGAUCGAACAGUCAAGUUGUACAAUUUAGCACAAAAGGGGUCCAUAGGUUUUACAAAACUUCUUCUUUCGUGCAACUCGGUACACGCUACUCACCAAAACAAAGCCCUAUAUUUUUUCUUCAACUUCUUUAUAAAUUGUCGUGUCUUCUUCACGCAACCAGCAAUCACAACCGCGAUCUCGAUUAAAUGGAUCGAGCGACUGUUUGUCUGACAUUUCAAGGUUGCAUUAUGCUCUAGACAAAACAUAUCACUGAACAUUUCGACCAAAAUAAUUGUCGAUCUCUCAUAGAGGCAACAAAACCACAACGUUAACGCUACCGACUGAAAAAAAAAAUGCCUUUUCUUGUUAAAUCUCGACAACAAAGUUACAUGUUCUUACCUCAUAGUUCCUGUUCAAAUCGGAAAAUUUUUGCGCAGAGCUUCUUGUAGUAAUGUGUACUUUCAAUUAAAAGAAAGAAAAAAAAAUUAGGCUAUAAGCACUGUGAAACAAAUUGCAUUAAUUAUAAAAGUGAAUUAUAAAUAUAAUAAAACAUCUCCCAGAAUCCUUUGAGGCAACUUUUUUAAAGCUUUAUAACUUUGACUAUUUUAUACCUAAAAGGAUGCCAGACCAUAACAAGAUAACAUCUACUAUCUAGGGUAAUAAAGUCAUCAGUCACCUGACUAUUGCUAAAUUAUCUUUUUGUUGCUGUGACAAUAUUUCGCUAUCGAUUUCAAAACAAAUAGCAUAUUUGGGGUUAUGGCUGUGUGGGACGCAAAGCGCCCACGAACGGAGCCCCAUAGCCAAGAAAAUUUCGUAAUCUGCCCAUCCGAGAAAUUUUGGUAGUCAUGUAACCGUCCGUCAGGCACACGAUACAACCGUGCUCAAAUAAUAUUUCUUGUCCUAAUUGCCUCUUUAAACAGGUAUUGCUUGUGAUGACGAAAACCACCGGGCCGAGUGUGAUGUAAUCAUUGAUACAGGCUAUCUAGGGGAUACUGAGACGUCUUCCAGUACAAUGUCAUCGCCAUCACGUUCUGAUUCUGAAAUUGAU